CUCAGUCAAUGUGUAAGACCGAUAAUUGUUACACUCAUUGUUGCAUGUGAUAUGAAUAUAUGUGCAAUAGAUCCUUAUAGGUGUGGCAGCUGAUGCAACCUUGGGUGGUAUAUGCGGUUCAGAAGCCUCCCGUACCAGGUAGGUUCGGCACAGGUUCUCUUCGGUUUCUAUGCCCACGCCUGGUUUAGCACAAGUAGAGAGGGAGGGAGAGAGACUUGAUUGGGUUUGCUAAUGGGGCGUGAAAUCGAGCCUGAUUGUGGCUGCGAUGCAGUGGAGGAGGAGAAGAUGGUAGAAAUCAAUUUGAGAGUAAUCGGCCCAUGGCCGCCUUCUCGUAUCGCCGUUCCUUCUUCCAUCAAAGUGCGUGAUUUAAGAAAAUCAAUUGCCAAAAUUCGCCAUUUGCCUGUUGAAGCUUUGAAGCUUGUUUUGCAAGGAAACGUGUUGCAUGACAACCAAAACGGAGAUGAUAUAAUUGUUCAUCUCAAAAGUGGAGAUUCUUUGACAAUUGCCGUGAAACCAAAGUCUCCUGCCAAUCAUUUACGAGAUGAAUUUGACAAUGAUGAAGACGAGCUGAAGUUUCAUCUGCCACAAUCAAGUAGUUGGUGGAAAAAGAAGUUUUUCUUUGUAUUACGGGAUAGAUUGAAGCUUCCAGAUAUGUUUUUGAUGGCAAUUUUCUCAAUCAGCUUGAAGAUCUGGGCAAUCAUUGUUGUUUGGUUUGUUCUGGCACCUAUUGCCCAUAGAUUUGACAUUGGACCAUUAUAUAUACUUGGGACAGGAUUUGGAAUUAUUUUCUAUAAUCUGGGACAGCGGCAGCAUGGGGAACUCAGUGCCUACUCCAUAUUCAAUGAGGAUUUCAGAGAGCUUCCUGGAACUCUCAAUGCGGAUCACUUAGACAGAGACAUUAGGGCAGGUCGGCUUUGAACACCUUAAGUUGACAUGUUGUACACGUAAAACAAUCGAAGAGACAACCAUCACUUGCUAAUUAGUUAGGGGCUUAGGGCUAUAAACUAUCAUUGUCUAUCAUCUUUGUGUUGUAUUUGUAUAGGUUACGGACUGUUGUGGAACUUUGCAGGUGAUUUUAAAAUACAAUACAACAAGGCCUUCUUUUUGUAGCCCUACAUUUUUUUCAUGGUCUACAUUUUUGGUGAUGAACGCGUUGUGG